AUGGCGCCUUCACGGAAGCAGGCCUUGCCCGUCGAGAGUUCAUGGCGCAUGGUCGAGGGCGAACAUGACAGCUUCGACACGUCGAUCGUGCCCGACGACGAGGAGCUGAUCAUGUCCAGCAACCCAUCCCAGUUCUCUGGCGGCUCCCAAGGCCAGCUCAGCGUCCCGGGCUCCCAGGACGACGACAUCGAGAGCUUUCUCAGCAAAGCAGCCGAUGAUGAGCGCGUCAUCAUGAGGUCCCCUUUCCAGCCUUCUGUCCCGUCCUCUGUGAGGCACAGCCCGAGGACACAGAAGCACCGCUCGCCUGAACCAGAGUUUUACAUGCCGAGGGUCGAGGUCGACAGUCCGCGAAAGGCGAGCGGCCGAUCGCCGAGGAUGAUGCGGAUGGCCGAAGCCGAGUUGCGGCAGCGCCAGGGCUUCAGCAACGGCAGCCCGACGAAGCGAUCGCGACGAGGGCAAGGAGCGAGGUACUCGGAAGAAUCGGCGUCUCCGUCGUUUGGGGAGCGGCUGUCUCAGUCCUUGCCCAACGCCCUCUUCGAAGUCCUGGCCUGGGCGUUUGGCAUCGUUGGUCUCGCGUUUCGCUAUGCGCAGAAGCCCUUGGCUAUCCUCCUCGCCAUCUACCUCAUGUUUGGCGGCCUGAUCAUUGCCCAGAACAUGGCGACAAAAUCGCUCUACACCUCUUUGUCCCCGGUCUGCCGCAUCCCGGGCGCCUCAUGGCUUGACCUGCCGUUUUGCCCCCGAAUCCCGGCUGGGGGUGCCGGUGCCGGAAGCGGUGCGGAGGGUGGGAAGAAGCCUGUCGAGUUCGACGGUCUCAUGGAUGUCCAGGAGCGAUUCGAAGAGGUUUUGGAGAAGAGCGCCAACGGCGUCUCUCUGCCUAUGGAGAUGAAGCGCUCCGAAGCGUCAAUCCGAGACCUGCGUACCAUGGUGCGCUAUAGCAACCUUCAGGCCAAGGAGGAACUGGUUCUCGAGUUUGACGGCUUCAUCGAUACGGCAAGGACGGCUUCAAACGACUUGCAGAAGUUCAAUACCCACGUCGGAUCCGCUGUUGACUCGGUGAUCAGCAUCAAUCGGUGGACCUCGCGAUACAUCGACGGGUUGCAACAUGAUCGCGACUCUCAAGGGUGGAUCUCGGAAUGGACUGCAUGGGUAUUCGCGCCUUUCCAGCCUGCCACAUUCUCGGAGCGCAGCCUGCUGGACAAAUAUGUCGAGCACACAGCGCUUGUGUCGGACAAGAUUGCCGACCUGAUUCUGGAAGCGCAGAAUGUCCUGCGGACGCUGACCACGGCCGAGGAUCAUCUGGGUAUCAUCUACGACUUUGUCACCCGGACGCAGAAGAGCGUGCAGUCGCGCAAGGACGAGGUGCUCUGGACCCUGUGGACUCUGGUGGGCGCCAACACAAAGCACCUGCACAACCUGAACAGCCAGCUGUCCCUGCUGCGCCAGGUCGACACGCAGCGCACCGACGCCGUCAAGCAGGUGUCGGAGCUCAUCGUCGAGCUGGAGAAGAUCCAGGCCGGGCUGGGCGAUCUGCGCGAUAGGGUCGCGGAGCCUGAGAUUGUGCGCAGCAGCGGCAGGGCGCAGAUGGUUCCGCUCAGCGUACACAUCGAGACGAUCGACCGGGGCGUGGAGAGGCUGGAGCAUGCGAGGAGCAGGAUCCGGGCGAUGGAGAAUGAUAGGAUCCGGCAGGUGCUGGCCCGGGGCCAGGGCGAGGAACGGCUCAUCGAGCAGUCGUAA